AUGAAAUUAGAUGGAGUAAGUAAUAAAAUUGUGCUGUUGAGAAGGUUUAAGAUAGGAUAACAACAACAAUUUACGUAAAUAUAUGUGGAUAUAUUGUUCUCUCUUGAUAAUUAUUGUGAAAUUACUUUAUUAUAAAGGAUCUUGCUAACGAACGUCCCCCGGGCGUUAGAUAAGCAUUUAAAAUAUCUUGAAAAGUGGUGUUAAUUUGGGAAUACAUGACAAUCACACGUUGAUCGGUGUAAUUAAUGCUCAUUUUAGUUUAAUAUUUCUAUUUUUAGCUAGCUUAGGGCGUUCGUUAACUUUUCCUAUUAUAAAAGGAUUAUGCAGAAUCAUAAAAAUCAUCCUUAUCGCUACAACAAAUUGUCGAAUUACCUAUCCAAAAAGGUUCUAUAGAUUUGUGCGUAAGAUAUUCCAUAAAUAUCUACCUAACAAUCGUUACAUACUAUAUGCUGUUAUAUUAAUGAUUUGAUUUAAUAUAAUAAAUUCGUUACCCAGGACAUGAAGACUUGUAACAGGUAUAUCACACCCCAAAUAAUUGAGAUCUCUCUUUGAUUUUACUGACCACAAACACAUCAAUCAUAAAUAAAAAUAUCUUACUUUCAUAACAAAUAAUCUCAUUUCCUGAUUCUCAAACAUUUGAGCUUCAAAUGAUGGCGGAAAUCACAUUCAAGUUAAGCUUCUUCACUGUCUUCAUAUCAGAUCUACUUAUGCUCACUCAAUCAGGUGACAUAUUUGCUAAAAAGCUAAAUCGCAUAAAUGUAGAGGAUCAGGAUGAACUAGAAAGUGGUAGCUUAUUAAUGCAAAUGUUGAUAGAGGCCGAAACAAAAACAUUAGGACUUGCCAAAGAUGUAAUGGAAAUACAAACAGGUCGAGAAGAUGCAAACUCAAAAGAUCAAUUAAAGUGCAUACCUUGUGGAGCAGCCUGUAUUUCUUCAAGAAAUUGCUGUAGAAACUGUUAUUGCCUUAUCUGGGAGCUUGUUAACCUCGAUGUGUUCGUAAUAGACCAUCUCAUUAACCAACUUAGUAGAUUUCAUUACUACUUUACUAGGAUGUCACCUUAGACUACCAGAAUCAGAAUAUAGAUCAUGUAAUAAAGUGGUUAGUCUCAGUAUAUAUUGCUGUUUCCUAUGAUAUAUGGAUUAACCUCGUGAUUUUAUUCUCUAUGUUCGCUGACUGUAUCAUGUAAUUUGGUCUAGUUCACAAUUAUUAAGACAGAGGAGAGAUUGUUUUCACAUUUUGCAGGAGUAAUCAGUGCUGAUGAGAAGAUAUAGGUGACCAUAGAGAAUGAAAGUGGAAACUUACUUAAAGAGCUAGUAAAAGCAGGAGCAGUUUUGCAAUACGACAUUCAUGAGGAGGUGAUGGACAAGGUUUCGGAUAAGACUUUAUCUGCCAAAUUAAAGUGCACUCAAUGUGGUAGAGAAUGCUCAUCAUUGAAUGACUGUUGUGGACUUUGUGGUUGUGUAUAUAACACUUGCCUAUCUGCCAAACAAGAAUAUUAUGCUCAAUGCAGAGUGAUAGUUGAUCUUAUACUAAUAUUGUAAACAUGCUUUGCCAAUAACAUCAAAAGUAACCAUGAAAUAAACUAGCUAAUGAAGAUCAGCAAAA